CUAGUAGUGAUUAGAAAGUGAAGAAGACGUAUUCAUUCUGUUCAGACGUUUGGCUAGAUCGAUCACGGAUUGCUCUAGCUGUAAUCUACUACUGAGGCAAUCAACAGAGUGUUUCGGGGCAACAAUUAUUGUAACCACUACAAUCACAUGAACAGUUCUGCUGAAUUCAUCCCAAUGAAUUCACCUGCUGUAGUAAAGUCUCCUAGUAAUGAGAUAGAAUUAGAAGUCGGGCUCCAUAAUUCUCCGGAUGAAGAUGAUUACAAUCCAUUCGAGAAUCGACGGGUUAGGAAACCUACCUCCUCCACUGGAACGUUGAUACAUCUUAUAAAAAGCUCUCUCGGCACGGGGAUUCUAGCAAUGCCGUUGGCCUUUCGGAAUGGAGGUUUGCUGUUCGGAAUAUUGGGCACGGCCUUAGUCGCUGCCAUCUACGCUCAUUGUGUGCACUUAUUGGUUAGCACAUCCCAAAAGGCAUGUAAACGGAGCAAAAUCCCAUCGCUUGGAUUUUCAGAGACAGCCGCAAAUGUUUGCGCCAAUGGGCCUCCCGGCGUUCGCAGAUUUGCAGGUUUUGCUAAGGCUUACAUAGACUACAUGCUACUGGUGGCGAGCUACUUCUCAGUGAGUGUCUAUCUGGUCUUCAUCUCUACGACUAUGCAUGACGUUAUCAAUUUUGAACUGAACCUGGAGUGGAAAACUCGAACCUACAUCCUGAUGACGACGGCUGUCGUAGCGCUAAUAACGCAGGUUCGCGAAUUGAAAUACCUGGUGCCAUUUUCAUUGCUUGCAAAUUCUUCGAUAUUUGUGGUUUUCGCCAUUUCACUAUAUUAUAUCUUUAAAGAACCUGUUUCCCUAGAAGACCGGCAUUUUUGGCCGGAAUGGAGUAAUCUACCAUCGUUUUUCGGUAUAGCCGUCUACGCAAUCGAAGGCAUUGGAAUCGUGCUUCCAGUGGAAAAUAAGAUGAAACAUCCUCACGACUUCUUAAAACCUAUUGGAAUAGUUAACCUGGGAAUAUGUUUCAUCAGCAUACUUUAUGUCAUCACCGGUUUCUUCGGUUAUGCUCGUUACGGACCAAACACCAAAGGAUCAAUUACGCUUAAUUUGCCCAAUGAAGAACUACUAGCGAAAUCGACACAACUGCUAGCGGCUUUGGCAAUUCUGCUCACAACUGGCCUGUACUAUUACGUACCGAUGGAAAUCUUGUGGCAAAAAAUAGGACACAAAAUUCCUCCACAAAGGGAAAAUUUGGCCCAAAUAGGUAUCCGUUUGGGAAUCGUAAUCCUAAUGAUGGGCUUAGCACUAACGAUUCCCGAGCUGGAGCUGUUCAUCGGUUUUGUGGGUUCCGUUGGAUCGGCAACGUUGGCCCUGUUGACGCCGAUCGCUUUGGACACAAUCUUCCGAUGGCCCGACGGUUUCGGGUGGAUGAAGUGGCGGUUGGUCAAAAAUGCCCUGCUUGCCACGUUUGGCGGUUUUAUUUUAAUCGUGGGAACCUAUUUUAGCAUUCAGGAUAUUAUUGAGAACAUCUAGCACGUGAU